UCUGAGUCUGCGAACGUUCCCAAUUAACUAAUUAGGGAUUGGAUUUUAACUGACUAACGAAAGAAUUUGAAUUUUAAUUAGUGCGUGCGUACCGGACGGACUUCAGAUAAAUAUUUAUUUUGCAUCUGGUAUAAAAUGUAAAAGGGAACAGUGAGGCAAAUAUGAUUCGAGUUGAACGAUUUCGUUUAUUGAUGUUUUGUGUGUGUACGUUCAGUGCAAGCGCAGCUGAUAAUCCUGCGAAGAACUCGAGUGAGUUGUUACAGUUCGAAGGAUAUUUUCUUGACAGCCUGCAGGACGUGUCCUUCGGUGAGGGACCGGAAACGUUGGAAUGUCCGUCGAACAACGUGAUUACGACGCGACACAAGUGCAACCUGAAUGGAAAAUGGGUCGACUGCACCAGGAAGCAUUGUUGCAAGGAUUACACUUACAUAGCCGGCAGGUGUAUUUACAAGGACGAGGAUCCUUGUUCGAUGAACCUGUGCGAGCAACGCUGCACCAUUUUCUUGCAGAGGGUAAUUUGUACUUGUUUCGAUGGGUACAAGUUUAAUCCCGAAAAUCAACGGUUGGGGAUCAAACCAGUAUGUGUUGACGUAAACGAGUGCACGAGCGGCAACGGCGACUGCCAGCACGAGUGCAUCAACGAGGUGGGAGGCUACCGCUGCGCCUGCAACCGGGGCUACCGACUGCGGACGGACAACAGGACCUGCGAGCCGGACGGCGGACUGCAGGAAACGGCGGCGGGCACGGCGAAACAGGCGGCCCACUCCGAUCGCUGCUACGCCAACUGCGACACCCUAGUCAGGCUCGGCGAUAAGCUCAAAGCGCUGCAGGAAAAGGUGUCGGCGUUAAGUACGGCAAUCCGACUAACAAGUUAUUCAGCCGGUCCGCCAGGACCGCCGGGACCGCCGGGACCGCCGGGCCCGCAAGGGCCAAGAGGUUUAUCGGGUGACGGUAACGUUCCGGAUUAUUCGUAUUCGAUGAUGGAUUCGUUCACGCUCAAUUCUGAUGACCAAAACUGCAGAUGCAAACGUGGAGCACAAGGCCAUCCGGGUGCAAAGGGUCCCCCGGGAGCGAAAGGCGAAGCCGGAGAGAAAGGACAGCGCGGACCGAAGGGCGAUAAGGGAGAUCUGAAUUUUUUACUAUUGCUGCUGGCCGACGUCCGAUUUGACAUUGUCCAUUUGCAGGACCGCGUCUACGGCAAAGGAGAAAAGAUACCGAGCAUAAAUCUGGAAUCUAUAAUGCAGAAAAAGCGGCUGAAGCACAAGUACAACAAGUUCGUGAAACAGCAGAACACGCUCAGCGGAUUUACCAGUCCGAGCGUGCAAUUCACGUCUAAAGGCACGGCUCAAGACGUAAAAACUAUUAGAACGCAAGAAGUGGCGUCUUUGAACGUACAAUAUAUUUCUAGCACGGACGUACCGACGGAUGUUGUGGACGAAUUCCGGGACGAGACUCCCAAUUUGGAAGACCAAUAUGAAUAUUACGACGGGUCGGCCAGUGGAGACAUGGCACAGGAAGACUAUUAUUGAUUUAUUUAUGUUUAAAUAAAUGUAUUUUUACAAAGUUUUUUAGUGCUACUAUGAAAAUAUUAGUUUUGUUGUUUAGAAACAAGACUUUUAUAUUUAGAAAUUUCAUGUAAUAUUUCCUACUUAAUAAAGAAUUAUACAUAAAAAUUUAGAUUAAAUUCAAUAAA